CGCCCUCAGCUGGUCCUAAAGUGUCGGUACAUAAGAUCUCCGGUCGCAAAGUGGGUCUCACGUGGUUCCCUGUUCCUGUGGAGCUGCUCCACGGUUUCAUCCGCAACUUCACAAUCUUCUACAUCACACCAGACCACUCAACUGAGAGAGUGACUGUGCCUGGUCAGGCUCUCGGGUACACUCUGGAGGAUCUGCCACCGGGUAACUACGACAUCUUCAUGCAGGCCAACACCGACGCUGGAGCGGGAGCAGCUGGACCCAAAGCUAGAGUACACAUAGGCUCAGAGGAAGUCUCCAUAGUGCUGUAUGCCGCCCUGCCUCUCAUCCUGACUUCACUGGCGCUGGUGCUGAUGGCCUGCCUGGCCCAGAGCAAGAA